AUGGCAGUGACAGUGGAAAAUGAAAAUAGAAUAGAUGUAAUCCAGAAUAACUGCAUAAUAGUUAAAUCAGUGCAAAACAAAAAGGAAAAAAUACAGUGAAUUAAAGAUGAACAGCUAGAAUAAAAAAAACAAUUCAUUAUGCAGGUUUAAACUUGAAAGAUUUUAACUAGGAUUGAAAGUGGAUAACAAGAAAUUGUUGACCUUGACAAAGUUUAAGGUGGAUGACAAGAAGUUGUUGACAAACAAGGUGAAUGAAUUGCAAAUAUUGAAGGUGAAUGCAUGGAAUAGGUGACAAAGAUUAAAGGUGGUUGAAUGAAAGGUGUUGACAAGGAUUUAAAAUGGUGGAAAGGAAGGAGUUAACAGGGACUGAAGGUUGUUUAAAGGAAGGGUUUCACUGGCUAAGUGAUCACUAUCUGCUAUAUAGCAAGUAAAACAUCCAACAUAUUUUUUACAUUUUUCUUUGAAGGCAGAAUCUGGAACAUAUCAAUAGAUUUGUUACUACUUUUAUAUGAUAUUGGGUGUGCUUAUUUGAAAAAGCACAAAUUUGCAAAUUUGCACAAAAUCCACCUCAGCUAAUGAACAUGUGCCCUUGAAGUAUAGUACAGACACAUUAUAAGGAAUAUAGAUUCACUUUGCUAUGCAACUUGGUUAGCCACCACAGAAAUCCUAAUGGUUAUAAAUGCAUCUGACUGGUUGAACACAUGCCUAAUACCGUAAGUGUCACACAAAUAAUUUCAAUGAAUGGUGGUACCAGAACAUUCAACAUUGGUACAGAUGGUACAGAUCAACCAUAUACAUUAGCCUGCACAAGAGACUGUGCCUGACGCACCCGAAUGGGCUAAAAUUUAAAUAUCCGUUAACCAACACGUGUAUAUCAGUGGUGUAUAUUUGGCGAAAUAUAUUGUUCACAACGUUCAAUAAUUUACUGCAAAUUGAAUAUGUUUCAUGGCAGUACACACAGAAAGCACUGGAUAUUGCCAAACUUAAAUGAAGUGGACAAAAACCGGCUGAAAUGCAUUGAAAACUAUGGUGAAAAAUUAUCUAAACCUGGAAGCGAUUUUCUCAGCAUUAUGGAGCAUAAAGUUAUUUGCAAACACUACGAAAAAAUACUAUUUAAUCUUUGCAUGCAGUUUCAACCUUCUCUCCCGUAUUCGGUGCUGUUCACGACUUUCGUUUAUUUCAAACGUAUUUAUCUAAAGACGAGCGUAAUGGAGCAUCGACCUCGAGAUAUGAUUUCUGUUUGUUUAUACAUGGCUUGUAAAGUUGAAGAGUACAAUAUAUCCGUUGAUAAAUUCAUCAUGAUUUAUCCAGAAGCGGAUAGGUCAAGAAUGACGGACAUUAUUUUGAAAAAUGAAAUGGGUUUAAUGAAAUUGCUUAAUUAUCAUUUAAUAGUACACAGUCCAAAAAGAGCCCUUGAAGGGUUCUUCAUAGACAUCAAGACUCGUUUCCAAAAUGCUGAGAAUGUGGAUGAAUUUCGUGAAAUUUCAAACCAGUUUCUAAAUGCUAUCCUUUUCUGUGAUGUUGUUCUUUUAUAUGCCCCAUCACAGAUUGCACUUGCUGCAUUAUAUGCUGCUUCGAAAGAACUUGUUCGGAACUACAUUCUUCAUACCCUAGCUCCAGGUGAGCAAGGUCGAAGUUUGUUUGCUAAAGUUGAAGAUAUUAUUAAACUUGUAAAUAAUAAGAUUGUGUGUGACAUUGAACAUGUUGGAUUGAUUGAGGAUAAAUUAAAAAAACUGCCAAAUCCUAACUCCGGGAAAACCAAGAAGAGGAAAAUGAGUACAGAAGAUGGUGAUGAUGAGGAUAUGAAACGUCAGAAAUCAUCAGAUUCAUAGACCAAUGAUUAAAUAUGGAAAGUAUAAAAGUUCAAUUAUAUGUGACAAAGUAA